CUCUCUCUCUCUCUCUCUCUCUCUCUCUCUCUCUCUCAGCUCAACAUCCCGGGGUCGAGACUUAAAAAAGCAUCCACCGCAUUUCCAGACUAAACGGUUGUCUCACUUUGUUGUCUCUGUGUCUGACGAGGUGCGAAUCCCAAAGGAACCUCCCACUCCUCCUCCUCCUCCCACUCCUCCUCCUCCUCCUCCACGCCGUCGUGGUGCCGCAGCAGCCAGCGCGAGCCCCGGAUGCCGAACGGAGUGGAGCAUCACUUCAGAGCCUCCCGGUGAACUCACACACGCAGACACACUCCUGCGUAAAAGCCCUCCGCAGGAGACAAUGAGAGGUUACCUGCUAACUGCGAUCUUCCUGCUGCCCUUGGUGGCCUCAGAGUCCGAGCACUGUCUUAUCAAGCGUGAACAUGAGAAAUGCAUGGAGAGUAUCAUGCUACACAACCCCAGCGAGGACCUUGAUUUAGCGUGUCCCUGGAUGUGGGACAACCUGACCUGCUGGCAGUCGGCCAACGUUGGCGAAGUCGUGGUGGUCAACUGCCCGGAGCUCUUCCACGACUUCAUGGACCCCGAGGAGGAGAUGGGGAGGAUCAGUCGGAACUGCACAGAGGAAGGCUGGUCUGAGCCUUUCCCUCACUACGUGGACGUCUGCUUCUUCUACGACAACGCCACCAAACCUGACACGUACUUCGCCUCGGUCAAGGCGCUGUACACGGUUGGCUACAGCACAUCCCUGGUGUCCCUCACUACAGCCAUGGUCAUCCUCUGCAGGUUCAGGAAGCUCCACUGCACCAGGAACUUCAUCCACAUGAACCUGUUUGUGUCCUUCAUCCUGCGAGCCAUUUCGGUCUUCAUCAAGGACGGCGUGCUGUACGCCCAGGAAGACAGCGACCACUGCUUCGUACACACAGUGGCGUGUAAAGCAGUGAUGAUUUUCUUCCAUUACUGUGUCAUGUCCAACUAUUUCUGGCUGUUCAUUGAGGGUCUCUACCUCUUCACUCUGCUGGUGGAGACUUUCUUUCCCGAGCGACGUUACUUCUACUGGUACACCAUCAUAGGAUGGGGAACUCCCACCAUCUGCGUCACCGUCUGGGCAGUUCUGAGGCUCCACUUCCACAACACCGGAUGCUGGGAUACGAAUGACAACACCGCCCUCUGGUGGGUGAUCAAAGGGCCGGUCGUGGCUUCCAUCAUGAUAAACUUUGUCCUCUUUGUUGGAAUAAUCAUCAUACUGGUGCAGAAGCUGCAGUCGCCGGACAUCGGAGGCAACGAAUCCAGCAUUUACCUCAGCUGUGCUCAGAAAUGCUUCAGUGAGCCCACACAGGCUGUUCAGCAUUCGUGCAGGAUGUCAGAGUUAUCCACCAUCACACUGCGUCUGGCGCGCUCGACCCUCCUGCUCAUCCCCCUGUUUGGGAUUCACUACACGGUGUUCGCAUUCUCACCGGAAGACGUCAGCAAGCGGGAGAGACUGGUCUUUGAACUGGGACUGGGAUCCUUCCAGGGCUUUGUUGUCGCUGUUCUUUAUUGUUUCCUCAACGGAGAGUUUCUCCCUGAAGGUGCAGUCGGAGAUCAAGAGGAAAUGGCGCAGCUGGACGGUGAACCGGUACUUUGCCGUGGACCUGAAGCAGCAAAGGCACCCGUCGCUGGCCAGCAGCGGAGUGAACGGCGGGACUCAGCUGUCGAUCCUGAGCAAGAGCAGCUCCCAGAUACGAAUGUCCAGCCCGCUGGCGGAGAACGCCAACAUCGGCCUGCCGACCUGAGCGUCUGAUCCGCUUCCAAGGUGCAGCCCGCUCGUACGUCCAGUGCAACCACAGCAGACCAAAGGGGCCCCCGCACACCUCAUUGCAUUCUGUAAUUCUGCCAUUUCGAAAAUGAGGUAUUUACUGGAGAUUCAUUAGGUACAUACUUGACAGUUUCAUUUGACUGUACAACACAUGUUGAUUUUCUGAUCAUUUAUUUUAAAUGAGAAAAUUUGAUUCCAUAGAUUAAAACAGAGAGAUAUUAGAAAUUCCCUUCUUACAUAUGUUUUUUUUAAAAUCUGAAAUAGCCCCUAUUAUUGUUUAAUGUAUAAUUAAUACCAAUGUUGAGUUGGUACAUAAAAACAGUCCUUGUAAAAAAGAAAACGGUUGUUUAACAUCAAAUGUCGGGGUCAUAUUUGGCUCUUUGUGUGUCAUGUUGUGCGUCAAAGUGCCAUUCAGGUUGCCGGACUGGAUCUGAUCUCAUCACAAUCCAAAGUGAAGUAACAGCCAAAAGUUCGCCUUGCUUGUACAAAUGCUCAUUGUUUCAAAAGUUUCAUCUUACAUUUGAAAAUAAUUUCUACAUCAGCCGUAGGUACAGAGUAUGUCAAAAGAUAUAUUGGGCGAAAAAAAAACAACCUCAUGGACUUUGUAAAUAGUUACUUUUCUAGUUGGAGGUCUGAAUUACUUUCUUUGGCAUAACGCAGUAUUGUAAUGACCUUUUCAAACAAAAGGAACUGGAGCCCAAAUCUGUAGACGUCAUCCCAUGUCCUGAGGACCCAGAAUAUUCCGAUCUGUUUGUUUAUGUCAAAUAAAAACACAGAAGAGCCAAACAUAUUGAGCGCUGUAGGGCAGGGAGUCCCUCCCUGAAGCGGAAAUGACGGGUUUGUUUAAUAUCUGACACCACAACUUGGGAAAGAAAAGCAUUGUUGGGCUCUGAUCAAUUUUGUUUAUUUUUAGGACAUUUAUUCAAUUAGCCCCCAACCCCCCCCCUGUAUAAAAUGCCACAGGGGUCAAUUAAUUAGAAGGUUGGCACUAGAGGACAUCACAACAUUUUUGUAUAAAAGAAAAAGUCAGUAUCUCCAGAAUGACCUGAUUCAUCCUCACAGGUGUGAGUAGUUUCCUCCAGUUGUUUUUUUAUUUCACCGACUCGUCGUUAACGUUCUGUGUGGACACACAUACGGCAUUUUGUCACAGGCACAUGCUUUGAAAGAUAAAAAGGACUCUUUGUCUUUGUCCUCUUUUCUCUGAGCACCAGCGCAACGUCUCAUAUCAAGUUACUCUUCACUUUCAUUUCUUUCUGAAUGAAUCACCUCCAAUACUCAUGUUCCAAAGUGCCUAGUCGGUCACCAAUAGCUCUCGCUCUCAUUUCAAGUCAAAUGAAAACAUAUCUUACAUUUUUAGUACGAGUCAUUUCCUGCAAAGAAUGUACAGAGUGUUGUGUUUUUAUUUGGAAACUAAAUGCUUUUUAUGCUACGAAGAAAAAACAAUGUUUUGCUCAUUUUUCUUGCUGUUUGUUUCUUUUAAUUGUGAGCGUUUGAUAAAAACGUAUUAACUGCUACAUUUGACCUCCGUGUUGCAACUGGUAACAGUUCACGAUGAGUCCGUUACAAUUCGGCAUCAAACACACAAACAGCGUCAAAACAAUACACGUGUAACGGUCAUCACAAGAAAUGCUUUAAUGUGACAGCUCUUGACAAUCGCAGUGUUGCCCAUUUCUUUUCCCCCUCUUCUCUCGCUUUUGUUUGUAAGCAAACAAACAAUAACUGUGGAAAUAAUUUAAGAUGAGAUGUGAACCGAUGUGUACAGGAGAAUUUAUCCACAUUUCUUUUUUUUUUGUUCUGUCAUCUGAGUGAAUUAUAUGAUAAUUCUUAAAAGAUUGACAAUCGUUUAACAGAAAAGGAUGUAAAAGUAUUUCCAUUAACCAGUGCCAUGUGAAAUGACUCAAUGUACAGUAUACAUGCUUUCUCGUGUGUCAUUAAGUAUUGAUGCUGCCUCUCCUGUUGAGAGGUUUGGCACAAUUUAUCAUUUUAAAGAAAACAAACAACACUGACAGGUAACUGUUGUCCAAAGCUGCACAGGAUAUUGUGAGGGAGAAAAUAUAUAAACUCUAAACCGCAAGAUAAAUCACAAACACUACUGUAGAGGAGACGCAUCGGAUUCUUGCAUCUGCUCGACUGCUUUUUGAGAAAAACCGUGUUUGACAAGAUGUUAAGCCGGGAAUUAGAGCCAGAGGUAGGAAUGCUGUUCAAUGAUUACUUAAUUAGAAAGGUGUUGAAAGGUGGAACAACUGUGACAGAUAAAACACAAAGUGAGUGCCAGGAUGCGAUUAAGAAAACAACUCUCUGCUGCUGCUUCUGUGUUCCAUCACCAGCCGUCAUUCUGAGUAAAAACAAGUUACUCCCUUUGAAAAGAGGAGUGAUUCCUUCAGCGAUCACGUCUGUGCUGUAUUUUUUUUUUUACCACAAAGUGGCAGCAAAGGAUUCAAGUUUAUUAUUAAAUAAAACUGAAUUAUUUUAAUUUCAAAAACUUUUGAGUUGGGGGCACUUUUACUGACCAUUCCUCUCUCCACACACACUUCUUACAUUUACUUUAUUGAUAUUUACCUUUUUGUGUAAAAGAAAAGCCCUUGACAACUUUUCUGAGACAAAUAGUUUUUGUAAAUAUGUUCAUUUGCUUUCUAGCUGAGGGUUUUGGUGAGAAGGGCCGGUAUUACUUUAGAGGUCUGUAUGCUGGUAAUGAAGCUACAGCCAGUUAGCUUAGCUUAGCUUAGCGUAGCACAAAGACUAGAAGCAGGAGGAAACAGCGCUUCUGUGUUCCCAGGGUCUUUAUUGUAUAACCCUGUAAUCCUCCCCGGGUAACGGUAGAUUUGAAAAGGUCUCAUUUGAGGUAAAAACGGUGAUGAUGCGGCGGGGAAGCAGGAUUUAGCACCCUGGGGACACAGAGAAGCACCCAGCUCGACCUUGGCCAACUAAUAAACCACCUCAUCUUGACUAGCUAAGUGAAAAACAGCUAGCAAAUUGCUGUUUUUCCCAAAAAGUCAAGCCAUUCCUUUUAACGCAACUCUUCUCAGUGUGCUGUAUCUCUGUUUUUAAAUGCCCUCUCUUUGGCGGUUGUGCGUAUUGAGCCAGUUUUACUAAGUGUGUGAGUUCAGUUGAUUGCCAAUGAAUUUUUGAAUGUACCAAUGUUACUCCGCUGCUCUUAAAUGUCGCCUGCUAUCAAUUUGCCAUGGUGUACAAACGAUGUCUUUUCUUGAUCAUAUACAACACACUGUAUAUGUAUAUUUUUGGCACGCAGGUUGGAGAAAACCUGUAAUGUUUGUGACCGUGUUUUUGUAUGUUUAUGUAACUGUUUUCAGAGUGCGUGUGCGCGUGUGUGUGUGUGUGUGUGUGGAAGUUGGAGCAAGUGUAUUCUGUACACAUGUGCACGUAAUGACAAGCAUUAUAAACUAGGAUAUAUGUAACUUAAAUGUGAAAAGAAUAUCUAUAAAGCCUCAUCCGUGUUAUAUUCCACCUGUAACAGUGUGUCGUGUGUUACAUGCGUCAGACAUUUAUGUCCCAGGUUGUGUAAAUUUGACUGCAAAAUAAAUCUGUGGUACAUUGUU